UUUCACGCGAAAGUCUUUAAACACUUCCGGAAAGUGUCACGCUGUCCUCCAUCGCCGCAUAUCACAGUCCACAGAGGGUCACGUCGGGAAAACACAGCUGAAAUCAUGGUUUUCGAAGAUAAAAUGAUCACGAAUGGAGAGCCAGAGGAGGAAGAAGAAGAAGAAGAGGAGGAGGAUAUGGUGGACCCGUUGGACACGGUGCGUGAGACGUGUGUGCAGUCGGAGCACUGCGUUCACACUCGUGAGCGUCUCGAGGCGUGUGAGGCACGGGUCGGCUCCCGCUCGGAGACGACAGAGGACUGCACGGAGGAGCUCUUUGACUUCCUGCACGCUCGUGACCACUGUGUGGCUCACAAGAUUUUCCAGUCGACCAAAUAAACAGCUUCUCGGCGCUGUUUAGAAAUCGAUAUCUGCUUACAGAAAUACAGUGCUCAGUUAUUUAUGUAAGAUGUGGUUUCUGUCAGCAGUUCAGCGUAUACCCCGUAGGUUCUUCAAGUCAUCUAGGUUUCUGAAUUGUGACCGAAGUGUGAAUAACUGUGCUCCGUUUUCGUCUCUCUAGUGUUUUCUUUCGUUGAGAUCAGUAAAGACGUGAUGGUUUAUUGCUAAUGUGACAAAUAACAAUAAAGAAAAAAAAGUCA